AUCUGCGCUAAAAUCGAACAAAAGUUGGAGAGAAAAGAUUCAGGUAUUGUAGAAAUCAAUUUUCCUGCUGGAGAACCUAGCAACCUUAAAUUAUGUGAAGAUAUUCACAAUGUCUUUAACACUGAAAUAAUUGGAGAUAGUCUAUUUAUCAACUGUAAUAAUGGAGAAAAAGAGAUCAUCCAUCGAAAACUAGCAAAUUCGGUUGAAAACCAAAAUCAAUAUUGGUGGACAAGUAACAACAAUAUAUGUAUAGUCAGAAAUAACCAGUACAGACCUGAUGUAGGUGUGUGGUUUCGAUUUUUAACUUGUCCACAAAGAAGGAUGCCGAUUACUUAUACAUGUUCACCUCCAAAUAUUUGA